GAGAGCUAGCUUGAUGCUGGUCCACAAACUUCUGUGUGCCCAGCCAACCGAAGCGUGAGGUCUUUUCGUUGUUCCUUUGAUCUCGCUCUCGUUGACUAAAUGAUGUAAACGCCUUGCUAUACGCGAUGAUACGGUCUGUAUUUGUCUUCCUGGGUCUGAUCAGUCAUUUAAAGCGGAAACGCGCGCCUGUGCGGAGCAGCGAACUCUUCUCCGUAUCCCUCACCUCCUCCCGACCAGCGUCCUGUGAGCUCUGCUAACUAGCUAUGAUGUGAUUGUGGUUAAAAGCCGCCGAGGGGAGUUGUAAUUGCCAUUAUCGUACCCAAAUGGCCGCGACAUUUGACAAUCUGCCUCGACUGAGCGCCUGAAUGCCGUUACUUCGUUAGCCAUUUGGGGCUCUGCGUCGGGAGGAACCGCUGUAUUUUCGUGGCGGAAAUAACCGAAGACGCCGCAUCCACAGCGCCGUAGUUCUCCCCCGACACGAUGUCUUUCUUCAAUUUUCGGAAGAUUUUCAAGUUGGGGCCGGACAAGAAGAAGAAGCAGUACGAGCACGUGCACAGAGACGUGAACCCGGAGGAGAUCUGGGAGAUCAUCGGGGAGCUGGGAGAUGGGGCGUUUGGGAAAGUGUAUAAGGCUCAGAACAAGCAGAAUGGGACCCUUGCGGCUGCCAAGGUUAUUGACACGAAAACAGAGGAUGAGUUGGAGGACUACAUGGUAGAGAUUGACAUUCUGGCCUCCUGCAACCACCAUCACAUCGUCAAACUGCUGGACGCCUUCUAUUUCGAAGGCAAACUCUGGAUUCUUAUCGAGUUCUGUGCAGGUGGGGCGGUGGAUGCCAUCAUGUUGGAACUGGAGAGGCCUCUGACAGAGCCUCAGAUCCGUGCGGUGUGUAAGCAGACCUUGGAGGCCUUGUCUUACCUCCAUGAGAACAAGAUAAUCCACAGAGACUUGAAAGCUGGAAACAUUCUCCUCUCCUUGGAAGGAGAUGUGAAACUGGCUGACUUUGGGGUGUCUGCCAAAAAUACCAAGACUUUACAGAGAAGAGAUUCUUUCAUCGGCACUCCAUAUUGGAUGGCCCCAGAGGUGGUCAUGUGUGAGACAUCCAAGGACCGCCCGUACGACGCCAAGGCCGACAUCUGGUCCCUUGGGGUCACCCUGAUAGAGAUGGCACAGAUUGAGCCCCCCAACCACGAGAUGAAUCCCAUGAGAGUGCUGCUGAAAAUAGCCAAGUCCGAGCCGCCCACACUCAUGCAUCCCUCUCGCUGGUCCCCGGAAUUCAGUGACUUUUUACGGAGAGCACUAGAUAAGAAUGUGGACAAUAGGUGGAGCACAGCUCAGCUUCUACAGCAUCCUUUUGUCACGAGUGUCACUGAUAGCAAACCCCUUCGAGAGCUUAUAGCUGAGGCCAAGGCUGAAGUCACAGAGGAGCUGGAGGACAGCAAAGAGGAGGAAGAGGAGGAUGAGCCUGAUACACCUGUGGCUGUUCCUGGUCAUAAGCGAGCGCCAUCUGAUGCCAGUGUGGCCAGCUCAGAGGACGACAAAGUCCCGCCAACUCCGUCCACGUUGGAAUCUGUUACAGAAAAGACAGAAGCUGAACCUGUUGAAGACCGGACUAGUGAUAAGCUCUCAGAUGAGGGACUUGGAACAAGUGAAGUGGACAGGACUGAGGAGGAGAAACUCAAUGAGAUUUCUGAUGCAAGUAAUGAGGAUCUAGCCUCUGGGCCUGUAGAACCAGCCAAGGAUUUCUCACAAGAUCAAGCGGAAUCUAAAGAAGACGCCAAAGCUGAAGAGAUUCCUGCACAACCAGUAACGCUCCAGUCAGAAGAUGUUACAGAUAUAGCAGGGGAUAUUGUCACAGAUGGCGGAGGAACAGAAGAGAAGCUAAGCGAGAAAGCAGAUGAAGAACAAAAUGAAAUAGCAGAAUCUGAAAUGGAAUCUAAGGAGGAAAAGGCAGAAGACGAAAAAGUAGCAGGUACAGAAGAAUUGCAACCUGAAGAUAAUCUAGAAAAAACAGAAUCUACAGGAGACGUGAUGCAGGUAACAGAGAAAAAUACAGACGCUAAAGGGGAGAUCCCUCAGCACAAAGUCACAGUAGACAGGAUAGAAGAUGCAUCUAAUGGCUCUGAUGUGAAUAUAGAGAAGGAGAAUAUAGAAUCUAAUUCAAUAGACUCCCAGCCACUUGUAGAUAAGUCCUCCGAUGAGGUUUUAUUAGAGAAGGAGAUCGUAGAAAUUGACGCACAGGAGAAGCCUGAGGCUGAUGCUUAUGAAGAAGCAGAGCUGCCUGAACAAGAUGUUGAGAACAGAAAAGAUCACAAAGAGGAGGAACAGACCACGACCGAAUCAAUAAAUGGAGUCAGUAAUAAAAGCAAUGACAUCAUUGAAGUUUCAGAAGAGGUGGUCCCAUCAGAGGAUGUCCCUGUGAAGGAAGCUGAGGAGAAAGCUACUACUGCAGAUGAGAGCACUUCCCAGGAUGCUGUGUCCGUCCCAGAGAGUGAAGUUGAUUCAGAAACCAAGACGGAGCAAGGGAGUCCUGCAGCGAUGAAGCCUGAUGUGGAGUCUGACUCUGGAAGCAGUUCUGCUGCUGAUACAAACAGUGUUGACCUCAAUCUGUCCAUCUCAAGCUUCCUGUCCAAGAGCAAAGAAGGGGGCUCCCUGUCCAUGCAGGAGGCAAAACGGCAGAAGAAAACUCUGAAGAAGACGCGGAAGUUCAUGGUGGAUGGUGUGGAGGUCAGCGUGACGACGUCGAAAAUCGUCACAGACAACGACACCAAGAGCGAUGAGAUGAGGUUCCUGAGGCGGCAGGAGUUGAGAGAGCUGCGCCUCCUGCAGAAAGAGGAGCAAAGAGCUCAGCAGCAGCUCAGCAACAAGCUGCAGCAGCAGAGAGAGCAGAUCUUCAGGCGCUUUGAACAGGAAACUACAGCUAAGAAGCGCCAGUACGACCAAGAGGUGGAGAAUCUUGAGAAGAAGCAGAAGCAGACCAUCGAGCGGCUGGAGCAGGAUCACACCAGUCGACUCAGAGACGAGGCCAAGCGCAUCAAAGGGGAGCAGGACAAGGAGCUCUCCAAGUUCCAGAACAUGAUGAAGAACCGGAAGAAGGAGAUCAAACAGGAAGUUGGCCAGUCACCCAAACAUGUGAGAAAAGAGCUCAUGAAACGCUUAACGGAGGACCUAACGCUGGUUCUGACGGCAGAGGAGCAGGAGUUUCUACAGAAGCAGCAGCAGGACCUGGAUGGAGCGCUCAAGAAAAUCAUCCAGCAGCAUAAAGUGGAGAUCGCCACUAUCGAGAGGGAUUGCCUCAACCACAAGCAGCAGCUGAUGCGAGCUCGAGAAGCAGCCAUGUGGGAGUUGGAGGAGCGCCAACUGCAGGAGAAGCACCAGCAGCUGAAGCAGCAGCUUAAAGACCAGUACUUCCUGCAGAGGCACCAGCUGCUGAAGAGGCACGAGAAGGAGAUGGAGCAGAUGCAGCGCUACAACCAGCGGCUGGUGGAGGAGAUGAAGAACAAACAGACUCAGGAGAGGGUUCGUCUGCCCAAGAUCCAGCGCAGCGAUGCCAAGACCCGCAUGGCCAUGUACAAGAAGAGCCUCCGCAUCACUGCCACCGCAGCUGUGACCCCAGAGCAGGAGAGGGAGCGCAUUAAACAGUUUGCUUCACAGGAGGACAAGAGGCAGAAGAACGAGAGGCUCCAUCAACACCAGAAACACGAGAACCAGAUGAGGGAUCUGCAGUUGCAGUGUGACUCAAACAUCAGGGAGCUCCAGCAGCUACAGAAUGAGAAAUGCCACCUUCUGAUUGAACACGAGACCCAGAAGCUGAAGGAGCUGGACGAGGAGCACAGCCAAGAGAUAAAGGAGUGGAGAGACAAGCUGAGACCCAGAAAGAAGGCGCUGGAGGAGGAAUUCACACGGAAGCUCCAGGAGCAGGAAGUCUUCUUCAAGAUGAGCGGUGAAUCUGAAUGCCUUAACCCCACCACCCAGAGUCGAGUAUCUAAGUUUUACCCCAUCCCAAACCUGAACAGCUCUGGUUUAUAGCCUCCGUAUCUGUCUGUCAGACUCUUCCAGAUCAGCAACCAAUUUUUUUUAUCGUUAAACUGAUUAACAGAAUAUCUUCAUUGCUUUGAUUCCACUCUUGGUGAGCAUGACGUGCCUAAGCACUGUUCCCUCACUUUCCUUAAUUUUUCUUAUCUUAGUGGAGAUGCCCAAUGAUUAAUUGCACUUUUCUGCGCAUGUAAAAUAAAAAAAAAAAGAAAGUUAAUCCUGCUAAUCAGAUUAUUGUAAGCACAGCUACAGUGCUACAGUGACUGGUUCCUUCUGGUUCUUCCUGCUUUUCGGCCCUUAACUGGGUUUAUCACAGUGUGGAGUAAAUGCAGUGCCCCUAAAUCUAGUUACCAUGGUUACCCAUUGUCACAAAGUCAGCAAAAUGUCUUAGAAGCUGUUAAUGAAGCCAAUUCUAAAGUCCCUGUUUCACAGCAUGUAACACAGCACUGGCCCAAACUGAGACGUACAGAUGAGUCUACUAACUUUGUUAAUGCUGUGUUGUCUGCGUCCAAAACCAAGUGUGAGCUCAAAUGAGAAGGAAUGUAUCGUGCUGUAACUGAGUGAAAUGUUAGGUGUGUAUCUAAUCACAUACUGUGCUUGCCAUGACAACACUUCAGUCUCCAGAGAUGAAUGAACAAAAGUAUUUGUAUUACUUCAUAACUUGGUUUUAUUCGAGUGCAGUAUUCCCAACACUUAGUCCCCUGUUUAGUAAAGCACAGCGGUGACCUGUUGCAAAAAAUAACAAUUCUAUAUAAAUAUAUGUAUAAAUAAUAACCCUCUAUACCUUCUGGUUGUUACUUUGAAGCAGUAAAUAGUAAAGGAAUGUAACGCUGUUGAUUUGCACUGUUUUGCCAUGAGCUAAAAAAAAAAUAUGCAGUAGUACAGUAAAUGUAUUAUGUUUAACAGUCACCCAGAGCCUGGUCAAACUCCAAACUGAUAGGUUUGAAUAUUUGCCUCCUUUUAAGCUUGGGAUUCAUCAUGUUUUCUUUUAAUGUGACCGUUUCGUUUUACGAUCGCAUCAUUUUUUUUUCUAAAUGUGUAUAACUGAUGCUGAAAUCUCUCCCUCACGUUUGCUCUCCUGGGGACCAGUGUUGAAUGCUAAGGUACAGCUAGGAUGCUGUGUCACUCACUGUAGGGGUUCCAGUGUGUGGUUUAGUGUACUGUACGAGUAUAGAGACCUUUUUUAAGGUCACGUCAUCCGAUUAGUCCAUUUUUUCAGCUGCACAUCAUCAGUGCUGACAUUAACAUUAGGCAUGUUUUGUCAUGAUCUCUGUUGGGGUUUGCUGGAGGUGAUCCUGUGAGUCACACUAAACACCCCAUAGAUUUCAGUUAUAUUUUUUAUUUUUAUGUUACAAUAUUUUAAAGUGUUGAUAAAUUUAUUUUACCACAGCCGAUAUUCUUAGGAUAUGCAUUCUGAUGUUACAUCAAAUGUAUUUAAAGUGUCUUUAUAAAUGGACUUUUUUUGUUUAAAUAAAACAUGGACCUUU